AUGUCAAGCAUACACACGGACUCUCCUCGAGGCGCAAAUGCAAUUAGAGCCACCGAACUGCGAACUAUAUCGUUCUCGGCUUUAGCAAGAGACAACACAGCCGCAAUUGCAGAAGUCUUCGAGGCCGGCUUCCAAGACGGAUUCUUUUAUCUCGACCUCCGUGAUGCCGAAACGCAGCCCCUCUUAGAUAGUAUUGAGGAGCUAUAUCAGCUCUCUGAGACUCUCUUUGACUCUGAUCAGAAGGAGCUGAUGAAGUACGACUUGGACAUCAUUGGGCCGUCGAAGAUUGAUGGCUAUAAGCCUGCUGGGCGUAAUACAGGAGUCGCAUCAGGAAAGCAGGAUGGAUUUGAGAUCUACCUGAUUCCAACAAAUGGACUCCUCAGCCUAGAUGCUCUGUAUCCCCUACAGUGUCCUGGAGCAUUACACAACAAGCUAUCGCUCAUUACCUACGUCGCUGAAAAAGCCCACCACAUCGGAAAUGUUAUACUUGCAAAGCUCUCAUCUAUGCUUCAGCCGCAGCUUCCCAUCGCUCUACAAGAACACCACCGAUACGGGCAACCGUCAACCUCCGCACUCGGCCUCCUGAAGUAUCCUCCAACGUCGAGAACGGAGGAUCAUAGGCUGGGACAGAUUGCACAUACGGAUGUCGGAAGUAUCACAGUUCUAUUCAAUCGUCUCGGCGGCCUCCAGGUCCUUGAGGAAAGCGGAGAAUGGGCGUUCGUGGAACCGAAAAUCGGGCAUGCGGUCAUCAACAUUGGUGACUCUCUCCGGUUUUUGUCCGGGAAAGCCCUGAGAUCAAGUCUACAUCGCGUCGUCCCCCACCCAACUACAGAGUUCCGGCCCCGGUAUUCUAUAGCCUACUUCAUGCGUCCAGAGUUCGAUGCUGAGUUCGAGGACGAGGAGGGCGCGCAUUGGACGGGAAUCGGAUGGCAUACAAGGAAGUUUGCGGUCUUCCGUGCUACAGCGGAGGAUCAGAAGAAAGAUUCGGUGCUGACUGGACGGAAAGGAUAUCUAGGUCUUUGGGAAAAUGUCCAAGACACUGAAGAGAAGUCAUAG